UAUGAACCCGUGUUAAUGUCCUCAUCGCUGAACUCAUCGCUGACUCACCGAACACUUCUCUCAUGGCGUCCUGGAACACACGCUGAACUUAUACAACUAUCAAAAAGGCUCCACGACAUAACCAUGCUAGGGCAGAGUUCUGUAAGGGUUGCAUUGUUGGCAGUUGCCGUUGGUUUGUAUCUCACUCCCUCCCCUAUUGAUCCUGAGCCGUACAUAUUUGAGGGACCCCCGCCUGCUCUGGACGGCCCUCUGGCAGUGAACACACGUCUACAGAGAGGUCGGCGGCUGUUUUCUGGUCAACUCAAAGGCCCGGAGUCCUUUACGGCAGACCAGAACGGAAACAUCUACACAGGGACUGUUGAUGGGAAGCUGUGGAGAAUCAACAAGGAAUCCCUCACUUUCAUCACUCAGAUGGGCCAGGACAUCCCUGAAUGUGGCACAUGUAUGGACUAUGAGCCGGUAUGUGGCCGUCCACAUGGUCUGCGAUUGGACCGUGACGGGCAGCUUAUCGUGGCUGACUCUUACCAGGGUCUUUUCAAAGUUGACCCUUGGACUGGAGAGAAGACAUUGCUACAUUCCAGCAAAGAGGGAGCUGAUGGGAUUCCCUUUGGCUUUCUAAAUGGUCUGGAGAUUUCUAAAAAUGGAACCGUGUUUUUCACGGACUCCAGCAGUAAAUGGGGAAGACGUCAUGUCCGUUAUGAGGUUUUGGAGACGAACCAACUGGGUCGGCUUCUCUCGUAUGACCCCGUGACCGGUGACGUUCGGACAUUGUUGGAUUCUCUCUACAUGCCUAAUGGCUUUGCCUUCUCACCUGAUGAGGACUUCCUGCUUCUGGCCGAAACUAGUAUCGGACACAUUAUUAAGUUCUGGUUGAAAGGACCUAAAGCGGGCACUAAGGAGACCGUCCUGAACAACAUGAUUGGUUAUCCUGAUAACAUCCGCCUGAGUGACCGUGGCACAUUUUUGGUGGGCAUAACCACCGUUAGAUUCCACGGCCGACUUUUCCCACCAUUCUUGGAUCUGAUUGGUCCGUACCCUGCUCUUAAGCGCUUCAUAGUAAAGCUCAUUCCUCUCAGCUGGUACAACGUUCUGUUGCCCAAGUACGGGCUGAUUUUGGAGCUGGGGCCUGAUGGAGAGGUGGUUGACAGCCUACACGACCCAACGGGCAGCCUGACGUGGGCCGUCAGCGAUGUCUUCCAGCAGGGGGCGCGCUACUAUCUGGGCAGCACUGACUUGCCGUUUCUUCCUGUGCUGGAGGAGUGGAGCUGACCGUCUGGCUCUCUUACGUGUGGACAUAAACAUGGGGAAAGUAGCAGUCUCGGUAACCUUUCGUAGAUAAUG